CGCAGUCUCUCUGGCACGUGUUCAGUUGCCCGCUUUCCUCCGCUCCGACUGGCGGUCCCUCCCGUGGCUGCUAACUGUUUAAUAAAUAAACUAGGAAAUUUUCUAAGAUAUUGACAUUAUGUGACGGUGCCAAAUACUAUUUAAUUUCGACGUUAGAGAGAAAAAAAAACAUUUAGUAGAGGAUUGCAGGCUUAAGGAAAAAUAGAAUAUAAGCAACAUGUUGAAACUAUCAAGAAAAAGCUUAAAUUUGGCUCUCUGCCUCGUGUGGGUGUGCCUGGCAAUCAUGACAGGCCGAACCACCAGCAUCGAAAUCGUAGGGGAAGAGGUGGUCCAGGUAGUGGAAAAUGGUACGGAGGAAUAUAUGGUACUCGACUGCCCGUAUGAGCUCAGCGAGGACGACAAGGUGGGGUUAGUCAUCAAGUGGUAUCAUACCAAUAACCCUGUUAAUGUAUACCAGUGGAUUCAGGGAAGUGCGCCACAGGCUAUCGGCAUCCUAGACGGCCGUGUAGACUUGGACUACGAAGCCAAGGACGAAGACUACCACAGAUACCGAGCUCUCUACAUCAUCCGGCCAACUACAGAGCUCUCGGGAGAAUAUACAUGUACCGUUUCAUCCUUUGAAGACGAGAAGAAAUACCAGCAGAAGCUCGUUGUUUACAGUAAGCCCUCCGAAGUGAAGGUGUGGACGGAGAAACGAGAGGACGAGACCGUGACCGUCGUUUGCGAGGUCGAUGAAAUCUAUCCCGAUCCUGAACUCUCAUUGCAUAUCGUCGCCGAUUCCGAUAACAAGACGAUACUGGCAGGAGGGAAGGAAGUGAAGUCAUGGUCACAGGGUUCGUACAGCGCCAUGAUGGAACUAGAAAUCGAGGAGGACGACUUGGACGGGCCUGUUGAGUUCGUAUGCGAGGUCGCGAUUCCCGACACUGACUUGGUCUUCCCUAACGUGACCAAGUAUGAACCGAAAGUGAAGGUGGUGGAGAGUGCAGAUGUGGAGGUGGUGGAGAGUGAUGACGUGAAGGUGGUGGAGAGCGCAGUGAUGUCAGGCGUACCAAGGACAUACUCAACAUCAGCAACCAUUCUGGGAUUGGCAGCCCUGUUUUUGUGUCUUCUGUAGACCAGAUGAUGACUUCGAUGCAACUGAAUGGAGACCCUCUUGUCCAGCGAGCAGAUGAAAACAGCUAGUCCUUUUGUUGAAUACAGAACAGAAAUAAAGUUGUUCAAAAGGAGCUUUUGAAAGAAAGAGAGAAAGAAAG